UCAAGUCGGUACACUUGUUGGUUUAAUGACAACAGGAUAUCUUUGUGAACAUAAAGGAUGGUCUUCCAGUUUCUACUCUUUCGGCAUAUGUGGGAUUGUCCUUUCUUUAUGUCUUACGUUCACAAUUUAUGAUAGACCUCAACAACAUCCCAGAAUAUCCGACAAAGAGUUGACAUUUCUUAACGAAAGCAUACCAAACAUCUCUUCAAGAGAAAAGAAGUUGAAUAUACCCUGGAAACAAAUUUUAACAUCUAGAGCAGUAUGGAUAGUAGCUUUGACGAAAAUUAGUUGGGGUUUCGGUUAUUUUGCAAUAUUGACUAAAUUUCCAUCCUACUUACAUAUCAUUCAGCACUUCCCUAUCGAAAAGAAUGGAAUAAUGAGUGCAUUAGUGUAUUUUGUGGAUGCUAUAUUUAUGUUUAUUUGUGGUUUUAUUGCUGAUUUCAUGAAAUCUCGUGACUAUUUAAGUAUAAGUAAUAUUAGAAAAUUUUCCGAAGGAAUUGCUAUGUUUGGUCCGGCAGCAUGCAUCUUAGCGAUUUCAUUUCUUCGCUGCGAAAGUACAAAAAUAAUUAUUUGUUUAAUGGUUGGAAUAGGUCUUUUCGGCUUUAAUAAUUCAGGAGAUGUUGCAAUAGUGCUUGAUUUAGCACCAGAAUUUGCAGGUGUCCUUUUCGGAUUGACAUAUGGUUUAUGUAAUGCUGCAGGUAUAUUUUCCCCUUACGUUGCUGGAGUUAUACUAGAUAAAAAUGCAGGAGACAUGGUUUACUGGAACUACGUAUUCUACAUGGCAUCUUUCGCUUAUUUUUUGGGUGGUGUAAUAUUUAUAUUUGGAGCUACUGCAGAAGUUCAACCUUGGGCUAUCAUUAACACAGACAACAACAAACAAGAUAACAAUUAAUCAUGAAUAUAAA